UUUUAUCGGUCGGACGCUUGCGGAAUAAGCGUAAUGCCCUCAAGCAAGAUGGCCGCCGCAGAGCCUUGAGCGCCAGGAAGCGUCGUGAACGCGCAGCUCGUGGACGCGCCUCCCCUCCUCCUCUGAGGGGACCGGAAGCGGAAGCGGCGCCAGGAGCUGGGGGACCCGGAGGCUGAGAGGGAGCGAGGUGAUAACGUGUGAGGUAACUGUGGAUUCAGACUUUUUCAUGAACUGACCUGGACACUUCUCCCUGAGCUGCUCCGCAGAGGCUGGACACAGGCGUGCGCGGCGGAGCCAUGGAGGAGUCUCACUUCAACUCCUAUUUCUGGCCUGCUGUCCCCACCGUCUCUGGCCAGCAGAUUGACAACUCCAUGUUCCUAAACAAAGUGAAAGAGCAGCUCGUCCAGGAGAAGGGCUGCAAUCUUGGCUCACACUACCCCACUCUCCUGACGCAGAUUGACAACUCCAUGUUCCUAAACAAGGUGAAAGAGCAGCUCAUCCAGGAGAAGGGCUGCAAUCUUGGCUCACACUACCCCACUCUCCUGACGGUACCCACGACCAUGUCCCUACCUGCCGGCAUCAGCCUAGAUGGGGAGAACAAGGUGGAGAUUCAUGGAAUUCCUCACAGUCAGGCAUCGGUCACACAGAACAUCACCGUCCUGCCCGUGCCCACCACAGGGCUCAUGACAGCAACCGGCCUGGUCAUCACAUCUCCUUCUGGAUCUCUUGUGACCACGCCAUCCUCUUCUGGUCAAACGUUUCCCAUUUCCGCCCCUUCCACCAUGAUUGUGUCAACUUUGCCCGGUACCCAGACAUUGCAAGUCGUGUCUGAGCUGACCAAGGCGAAAAUCUCUGAAAUGGGAAAUGUAGGCGUCCAAAAAUCAGGCCGUGGGAGGAAGAAGAAGAGAAUGCCAGAGCCUACCCUACCAGAGCUGCACGACCCCUAUGACUUGUCUAAUGAAGACGACGAAGAGCAUCAUAAAGAUGGGAAGACCUACCGAUGCCGGAUGUGCUCGAUCACCUUCUUCUCAAAGUCUGAGAUGCAGAUUCACUCCAAAUCUCACACAGAGGCCAAGCCCCACAAGUGCCCUCAUUGCUCGAAAACCUUUGCCAACAGUUCCUACCUGGCUCAGCAUGUGCGGAUCCAUUCAGGGGCCAAGCCCUAUACCUGCAAUUACUGUCAGAAAGCCUUCCGCCAGCUGUCUCACCUCCAGCAGCACACACGGAUCCACACGAAGGUGCAUAGUGCUGUCUCCAAGCCCCACAAGUGCCCGUACUGCUCCAAAUCCUUCGCCAACCGCUCCUACUUGACUCAGCAUGUGCGCAUCCACUCGGGGGCCAAGCCUUACAGCUGCCGCUACUGUCUGAAGGCCUUCCGCCAGCUCUCUCACCUCCAGCAGCAUACACGAAUCCACACGAAGGUGCAUAUUGCGGUGUCCAAGCCUCACAAGUGCCCGCACUGCUCCAAAACCUUCGCCAACAGCUCCUACCUGGCCCAGCACGUGCGCAUCCACUCGGGGGCCAAGCCCUACAACUGCCGCUACUGUCAGAAGGCCUUCCGCCAGCUCUCUCACCUCCAGCAGCAUACACGGAUUCACACAGGCGACAGGCCCUAUAAAUGCGUACAUCCUGGAUGUGACAAGGCUUUCACCCAGCUGUCAAAUCUGCAGUCUCACAGGAGGCAGCACAACAAAGAUAAACCUUUCAAGUGCCACAACUGUCACCGAGCGUACACCGACUCGUCCUCCCUAGAGGUCCACCUGUCUACUCACACCGUCAAGCAUGCUAAAGUGUAUACCUGUUCCAUCUGUAGUCGAGCGUAUACUUCGGAAACAUAUCUGAUGAAGCACAUGAGAAAACACAACGCUCCAGAAACUUCGCAGCAGCCCCCGACACAAGUCCUAACCUCACAAGCGCAUUUCACCCCCGUGUCCCAGGCCCCCACGUCGGACGGACCCCAGUGCUCCUUUGACAUGAAUCCCUUCAAGACGGAUCAUCACAAGGACUUAUGUUUGACCGUCUCCACCAGCGCCAUCCAAGUGGAACAUUUAGCCAGCUCCUAGUUAUACAAAAAAUUGGACAGGCGGGAGGGGAAUGAACGGUCCCUGACCAGACAUGUGGGGGUGGAUUUAAAGGUCUGGACCAGUUCUUGCUGGGUGGGGGAAAAGUGAAAGAAAAAAGUCCCGUCGUGGGUUGGAACUUUGGAGACAAUGGACUCAAUAAUCGGCCUCAGUAUAAUGGAGGUUCUCAAGCUAUGAAAUUGUUGAAGCCCUGGACAUGGGCUGGGAUCAGGCGGAGGUCCUGACGUCAACACUUUUGCUGCUUGCUCAUAGUAUACGUUAACAGCACAUGGAGAAACGCAGUGCCCGAGCAGUGUUAAAUACAGUGCACUGCAUCCCAAUAAUGACUAUAUACAGGUCACUGGCCCGGAGGAUGCCAUGCACCGCUAGUGUUUUGAAAGGACUGCAGUUUAUAUCCAGCAAUACUGCCCGCACAGGACAGAUUGGGGGAAGUGUGGUUUAAGAUUUUUGGACUUUAUUUUAUACCCUAAUACAUAAAAUGGGGAGGGGGGAGGGGGGGGCAGCUCUCUGUAUUAUAUAUUAUUUUAUCCAUAUCUUGUUCCUGCUCUUCCUCAGCUGACAUCUUCCCCGGAAGUACACUGCAUAGGAUUAAGACUGACAUUGCCGGUCUCGGGAGGGGAGGUGGCGGAUGAAUUCUGCAUUAGAGGAUCUAUUAGCUAGUUCUGCUCACCUGCCAGGGAGAGGAGGUCACGCCUGUGUCCUGGUUCAUACUAUGUAUAAAUAUAUACAGAACAAAGUGUGUAUAUCUAUCCACUGCUUAUUUCCUGCUCAGCUUGUCAUUAUUUUUUUUAUACAUUCUUAUACAUGAUGGUGUAUGGGGAGCUUCCAGUUUUAGGUCCCAGCUCUCAAGCCAGGUCUUCUCUCUUCUCUGUAUCUUCAGAUGUGGUGUUCUUUUUCAGGGAUUACCCUGCUCUGUCCUGUCCUCCUGCCUACUCGCCACCCUGCUCUCUGUCCUGCCUACUCGCCACCCUGCUCUCUGUCCUGUCCUCCUGCCUACUCGCCACCCUGCUCUCUGUCCUGUCCUCCUGCCUACUCGCCACCCUGCUCUCUGUCCUGUCCUCCUGCCUACUCGCCACCCUGCUCUCUGUCCUGUCCUCCUGCCUCCUCGCCACCCUGCUCUCUGUCCUGUCCUCCUGCCUCCUCGCCACCCUGCUCUCUGUCCUGUCCUCCUGCCUACUCGCCACCCUGCUCUCUGUCCUGUCCUCCUGCCUACUCGCCACCCUGCUCUCUGUCCUGUUCUCUUAACCUUCUCGCCACCCUGCUCUCUGUCCUGUUCUCUUAACCUUCUCACCACCCUGGUCCUGACACCUCUUUAACCUGGUCUUUCUUUGCUCAUGGUCCCGAUCUUAUCCCCCCCCCCCCCCCCCCCCCCCCCCCCCCAUCCUCCGUCAUUAAACUUUUAAGACCUUGCCGAACGUGUUCCUAGCACUGUUUUCCUCCUCUCUUUUCUAAUGGAUAACUUUACCCAUCUUCUCGCACCUGUCCUGUUAUUACCAGUAUCACUAUAACUUGCUUUCUUCCAAGUCACCUUGUUGGAUCCAUCAUCAUUUACGGAAAAAAAAAAAUAUCAGCCUUGGGAAGAGGCAACCAUGCCCCGUGCAUUCAGCUGUUGUGAUGUGGGAGGCUGCAGUUGUUGUCAGACUCUACUGGUGUCCUCUCCUGUCCCCAUAUUAGUAUAUUGUGUAGAAAUAAACCUCCAUCUACAUUGUG